AUGGGUAGUGCGACGAUGUAUACCUUGGGCAUUGCCCUCUUUGCUGGCAUUGGCACAUUUCUCUUCGGUUUUGAUACUGGCAUUGCAACGACCACCAUCGCACACGAGAGCUGGAUUGACUAUAUGGAUCAUCCCUCAAAGGGUUUAACAGGCGCAGUUGUAUCCGUGUAUAUUGCCGGCGAGGCUGGCGGUGCUCUCACGCAAACCUUCAUCGGUGAUCAACUUGGGCGUAUUCGAUUCAUGCAGCUGAUGUGCGUGAUUGUCACCAUCGGGACAGCCAUCCAAACUGGCGCCGUAAAUAUUGGAAUGUUUCUUGCUGGUCGUGUGUUGGCGGGCUAUGCGGUGGGAGGAAUGGUUGCGACCGUGCCCAUCUACCUCAGCGAAAUCUCUGCACCCAACAACCGCGGCCUCAUCGGUGGUAUCUCCGGUUGUGGCAUAUCUCUGGGAACCAUGAUGUCCAAUUGGGUGGGCUUCGCCUGCAGCUAUGCUUCCUACGGAGCAACCCAAUGGCGCCUUCCUCUAGGGAUCCAGAUCCCGUGGGGUAUUAUUUUGUUCGCAGGCCUGGCGACAUUCAUGCCAAACUCUCCUCGUCAAUUGAUUCGGGGCGGCAAGAUCGAAGAAGCCCGUCGUCAGUUUAUGAGGAUCCGCCGUGAUCUUACGAACACUCAAAUUCACGAAGAAUUCGCGCUCAUGAAAGCCCAAAUCGAGUUCGAGAUGCACAGAGAGGUGAAAUCAUUAAAGGAAGUGUUCAAGCUCUUCAGACAUCGAGCGCUAGUAUCAAUCGCUGUCCAGACCAUGACCAGUCUUACUGGGGUCAAUGUUAUCCAGUAUUAUCAAACAAUUCUCUACAAAUCUCUCGGGAUCAAUAGUCACAUGAUUCUCGCACUCGCGGCCGUAUAUGGGACAUGUGCUUUCCUCUCGAACGUCCUGACUACAAGGUUCCUCGCUGACCAAUGGGGUCGUCGAAACAUGAUCAUCGCCGGUUUAGGAGGCAUCGUCAUCAUUGAGAUUUAUGCCGCCGUGAUGCAGCGCGAGUUCCAGAACACCGAUAACAGCGUCGGCAAGGGCUUUGCGGUCUUGGGUAUUUAUCUGUUUGUCGUGACAUAUUAUGGUAUGCUUAACAGCACAACAUGGCUAUAUGGUGCAGAAGUGCUCCCGGUGGCACUGCGAUCAAAGGUCAUGGGUCUUGCAGCAGCGUCACAUUUCAUCGUCAACGUAGGCAUCACCGAAGCAGGUCCAAGCGCCUUCGCGAAUAUUCACGAAAACUACUACUAUGUUUUCGUUGGGUGUUCGUUCUUCUUCUUGGUCGUCGCUUAUUUCUACUUCCCAGAAACAAAGCAAAAGACUUUGGAAGAGAUUGCGGCAGCGUUCGGCGAUAAGGUGGUGUUGCUGACAGAAAACGAUCUAGCCGUCGAGCAAGCCGCCUUGGAAGAUAAGGCUGGCGCUAUGCAGGUGGAGACUACCCCGGCAGGUCCCAAGGUCUGA